CCUGCAGGGAAGCUGCAGACUCAGAAGAAGAUGAAGAUGAAGAUUAAUUGUUUGGAGGUUUCGGUGCUGAUCGCUUUAGCGUGCACGGCGCUGCCCGCGGCUGUGCCAGUCAAUCCCAAAAGUGAAAACAAUGAGGGUGAUUUCCAGUUUGCAGAGGGAUACCUAAACCGUUUCUAUACCAUAAGCACCGUCAAAAGCCGAAGCAGGGGCCCAGUCACAGAGACCCUGAAACGCAUGCAGUCAUUCUUCAAGCUCAAUGUCACCGGGACUCUGGACAGGGAGACCAUGGAGGUCAUGAAGAGGCCCAGAUGUGGGGUUCCAGAUGUUGCAAAAUACAGUUUUCUUUCAUCGAAUUCGAAAUGGUCAACUAAUAAAAUAACAUACAGAAUUGUAAACUACACUCCCGAUCUGACGGUAGCAGAUGUGGAUCAAACCAUUGCAAAGGCUUUCAAAGUCUGGAGUGACGUCUCUCCUCUCACCUUCACCAAAAUCAACAGUGGAACGGCUGACAUCAUGAUCUCUUUUGGAACUAAAAGUCACGGUGAUCUUUUUCCCUUUGACGGUCCCUCUGGAACACUGGCUCACGCCUUCGGACCUGGGAGUGACAUUGGUGGAGAUGCUCACUUUGACGAAGAUGAAACGUGGACAACGACUUCGAGAAGUAUCAACUUGUUCCUUGUUGCUGCCCAUGAAUUUGGACACGCGCUGGGACUAGAUCACUCCACAAAUCCAUCGGCGUUGAUGUUCCCCACCUAUAGCUAUGUUCCUACAGAAAGAUAUAAACUCCCAACUGAUGAUGUGAAUGGAAUCCAAGCUUUGUAUGGGAAACGUACAGUUAUUCCACCCCAACCAACAACCAAGCCCCCUCAGAAGGCCGUGCCUGAACCUCAGUCUUCACCCUCUGAGCCGAACCACUGCGAUCCCAACCUCACUCUGGAUGCUGUUGCUUCACUGAAGGGGGAUCUGCUUAUCUUCAAGGGCAGCGACUUCUGGAGAAAAAGCCGCAGUGAUGUGACUGAAGAGUCAAUCAAGGCCAACUGGCCACAACUUCCCUCAGACAUCGAUGCUGCUUAUGAAUUAGAUGGGGGAAAUACUCUACUGGCAUUUAAAGGAUCUCAAUUCUGGGUGGUCUUUGAAAAUGGGUUUAAUGUUUUCAAAUAUGGCAUUGGUUUGCUGGGGUUUCCACGGACGGUCACACAGAUUGAUGCAGCAGUGCACAUCGAGGAGACGGGACAAACUCUGUUUUUUGUUGGGAAAUACUAUUACAGUUUCAAUGAAAGAACAAGAAGAAUGGCGUACCAGAGUACAAUUUCAAGUCGCUUUCCAGGAAUUGGAUCAAGAGUGGAUGCUGCCUUUGUAAUGUCUGGUAACUACUACUUCUCCAGCGGCCCCUUCCUCUACCAGUAUGACAUCAAGAGCAGAAGAGUCAUCAGCACACAGGGGAACUCAGCAUUGCUCGACUGCUAAGCUAUAACAGAAGAGAGUCAGCUUUGAGUCUCAGCAAAACCAACCACCCAACAAGGCUUUUUGUUAAUGUGUGGAAUGUAUUCAUUGUUGAGAGUACUGCACAGAGAGGACUAAGUUUAAUUACAUCCAAUUAAAUAGAUAGACAGAUAGAUAGAGAGAUGGAUAGAGAUAGAUAUAGAGAUAGAUAGAUAGAGAGACAUAGAUAGAUA